GUGGUGGCUUGCCCCGCACCCCGCCAGCUAAUACGUAAUAAAGCCCCCCUGCGUAGGGUGGUUUUCCCCGUUCCUUUUCAGUGUAGUAGACUUCUUUUUGUUUUUUGUUUUUUUUUCACCUUCCGUGUACUAGUGUGAUGACGCCUAGCUGGUUGAUGAAGACGAUGCGUUUUCGCGAGAGAAGGAACGUCCGUGCGGCAUUCUGUGACAUCAGAAAUCGACACGUGCGCUUCCUCUUGGUGCGCUUAUUCUUCUUCUCCUUUUUCCUGACCUUAGCUGCCAUGCUCCGCAGCUACAGUCCGGUCGAGGGACUGUCCCGCAGAUUCUCAUCGUUGGUUGUGAUUUCGAAUUCCGAUGCGCACGUGGUUGGUCGCCUUCUGCAGGCGCCCACUUCGGCAGCCCCGCCAUCUCUUCCAUGGUCACCGUGGGUAAUGUCGCCACUGGAAGGCGGACUCUUGAUCGAGGACUCGGGACGGUUCGUUGCUUCACAUCCAUCCCCGAGACAGGCUUGUCAGUGUGUAGUCUCGAACCUGGUGGUUUCGCCUCAGAAAGAGCUGUACUAUGUCCUCGAGGAGACCUGCUCAAACAGCAGCUCAAACAGCAGCGUUACGUCGAUCAGAAAAGCCAACUUAUCGAGGGCAAUCCAGGGACCGGACUCGGCGGAUGACGAAUCAACAUUAUUAACCUACUUGUGGACUGAGGACGAGCGGAACGGGUCGAGAAUUGCAGAACGGCCGAAUUCGACGGCUUCCGUGAUGGGGAUGGCCGUUUCGAAAGAUGGUUCCCAUCUCAUCUUGAGCGUAGCCUACUUCUCCGAUUCUGAUUUCUUUGGGUACUCUUACGAUGGCAGCAUCACGUCCUUGUCUGUUUCUGACUCCUCCCGUCUUUCUUUCUCCGCGUUUGUGUUCAGUGGUAUUAGCAAAAUCGGCUUGGACCCUUCCGGAGAGCGUCUCGUUUUUGCUACGCGCUCAGGCGGGGGACUCAAAUAUAUUCGGGUCGAUAGCUCGGGACUUCCGUUGAAUGUACCUGACGAUUCGGAAUCUGCGCUUAGAUACACAGAUGGAGAUCAAGUUUCUGAUGCCAUAUUCCAAUCUCAAAGCUUUGUGGACGGUUGCCUUUACUUUUUGCAUACAGAUAAGAACCAGCUGUUCGGGUUUCGCCCGUUCAUCGAGGGCAGCGCACCCACAUCGCUAUUGAGCUAUCGAUCGGCAGUUCUGACUAAUGUUGUGGUCACUCGAGACAGGUGUCGUCUCUUUCUUACCGAUGGUUUCUUUCUUGUUAGUGCGGACAUCCGCAGACAAUGCUCUGACGUAAAAAAUAAUAUUUUGGAGUUGUCAAACGGACGGGGUACAUUUAGGGGAUUGGCCUUGAUGCAGAAUGAAGUGGGGGAGGACACAUACUUAUACGUGGGCUCUGACGACGGGAAACUUUUUGAAGUGCAGUUGAACAGCUCUGGCAGACGCUGUGUAUUAGAAGCGGAACCAAGCAUUCCCCCCGCACCUGAAGGUGUCGUAGAAUCAAAACCAAGCAAUCCCACUGCGUCUGGACCUGCCAUCACUGUUCUGGUAGCAUCUGGGGUGGCUGGCACAGUGGUCGCCAUGGUAAUCAUUGGUAGCUCGAUUUGCCUAUGGAGGAGAGCGCGCCGCCCACCAGCUGGUCCGGAACGUCUCCCGGAAGUCGGUGAACAAGCGACUUCAUCUUUAAUGGAAGAUGAAGCGUUGGACGCGUGGGGAAUUAAGCCGUCGCGGGUCAAGCAGUUCAUUUUCAGAGUCCUGUCGGAAUGUACGGACAAAUUCAGCGAGGGUCGGAGAAUUGGGGAGAAGGGAGCGUUUGGGAAGGUUUACAGAGGCUCGCUCGACGGCGAGGAGGUSGCGAUGAAGGUGAUGACGGGUGAGCUAACGGACACCAAACGGAGCCAGUUUGUGGCCGAAGUGAACACCCUCAGCGGGCUCAAUCAUGCAAACCUCGUACGACUAGUCGGGUACUGCCUCGCGGGCGAUCACUGCAUCUUGGUAUACCCGUUCUUCAGAGGAGGCAGCCUUCACGGGCGGCUGUUCCCCAAGGCCAUCACUGGGAAGGAUGCAAAAGCGCCGGACACAGACCAAAUUGUCGAGGAUCCAUCCCCUCCGCUGACGCUUCUGGAGCGCAUGAGCAUCGCCUUCCAGGUGGCCAAGGGGCUCGGCUACCUUCACGACGCCGCCAGGCCACCGAUUAUYCAUCGGGACAUCAAGAGUAGCAACAUCCUGCUCGGCGAGGGAUCUGGCGAGAAGCUUCACGUCGUCGUAGCGGAUUUCGGAUUAGCAGCCAUCGGCGAGAGRGURUURGRCACMGGACAUGACCACGUCGUGMUGACCUCUCACAUCGGCGGCACUUUCGGGUAUAUGUCGCCCGAGUACAUGCUGAGAGGAGAGCUGUCCGAAAAGAACGAUGUGUACUCUUACGGGGUACUCGUUCUGGAGMUGUUGACGGGCAGGAAGGUGGUCGGGCCGGCUCCUUCCGGGCUGGGAUGGCAGACGAUCGUCGAGUGGGUGAAGCCUUUCCUUCGAGGGGGAGUCGUCCCGAGCGGGAGCAUGGAGAUGCCGUACCCGAUACUCGAUCGGUGCUUGUGGAAUCAGCCGAGUGAGGCGGGAAAAAAGGAAUAGUAUUCUACGCCAAAAAGAAGAGGGUAGUAUACUACACCGUAUUGCCUCACCCUCCAUUCCACACGGGACCCCUAAAGAAACUAAAAACCAAUGACAAAACGGAGCCUUACGGCUCCCUGCCCUAAAUGGCAGGAUGCAUAAUCCCACCGUCCGUUGAAAAUACAAUAGACAGUUCCUAAGUUCCUAACAGUCCCACACCGUCACACGACUAGUAAACUAUACUAUUCGCU